UAAACUCAUAAGCACAGCAAGCUUGAUCAUCUCUCAAUCCAACAGAUUCCAAAAACCGAGCUAGAAUAUCAUAUAAGCAACGCAACUAAGCUUAGUUCUGAGUGGAACGUCUAGUGAACGCGACGAACUAAAGCGUGCCAGCAAUUCAAAGCGUUUAAGCAUAGAACAAAUUAGAAAAGUUGUGUCGUAAGGCAAAUAAUACUUGUAAUAAUAAGUGAUUAUGACAUAAAUGCCAAUAAAAAUAUAAGAAGAACGUCUAAAAAUCCCCUUUAAGUGCGAGCACACGCUUUAUUAAAAUAAAAAAAAAAAACAUUUACAUACAUACAAACACUCAUUUGCGCUAAACUCAGCAAUUUCCAAGAAUUUCGUAUUAGUGUAUUACAACAACAAAGAAAGCGAUGCAUUACAACAAAGUUUUUUGGCUGCUAUUAGCCGCCACAUUGUUGCAAGCGGCAAGCGCACAAUUUUAUUAUUCCUGUGUGACACCAUACAACACCUACGGACGCUGUGUGCCGUUCAACAAAUGUGGCUUCGUGAAAAAGCUCUUCGAGCAGUUUCAGCUGUCGGUGCCGGCAAACUAUCAAGAGGAUAUAAUAAAAGCACGUUGUCACGUGUAUCCGGAUACGGGGGUACAUAUUUGCUGCGAUGAGAGUCUCUCACCAACACCCCCACCUACAGCAUCUACACCCCCACCUACACCAACGAUAGAUCCAGAAGGCUUGAGAAUAUUGCGUGAUCAAGCAUGUGGCAAAGCUGGCGCGGAUCGUGUAUCCCAUGGGAAAGAUGUCUCACUGUACGAGUUCCCAUGGAUGGCGCUACUGAUUUAUGAUACCGAUGAGGACCGUUACAAAUGUGGUGGAUCAUUAAUAACAGAUAGAUUCGUUUUGUCCGCAGCGCAUUGUAUGGUGGGCGUGCCAGAUAGAAUAAUUGGUGUUCGUUUGGGAGAGCAUGAUUUAUCAAAGCCCGUAGACUGCUUACCAGUAAACAAACGUAUCUGCGCACCGCCUGUGGAAGACAUCGGCGUUGAGAAGACAAUCCCACAUUCGGAUUACAACAAUGCACGCAAAGUCAACGAUGUCGCUUUGAUCAAACUGAAUCGUGCGGUGACUAUUACUCGACAUAUCAAGCCAAUCUGCUUGCCCAUCAUACCAGAAGCGGCGGCAAUACCACAAGAUAAACGCUUCUUCAUAGCGGGUUGGGGCGGCACAGAGAAUAGCAAAACGUCCGAUAUCUUACAAAAGGCACUGGUGCCAUUUAAAACACGCAUGCAAUGCCAACAUGUCUUCAAGCGUACAAAUAUUAAUGAAAAUCAUCUUUGCGCCGGCGGCGAUGGACUCAUCGACACCUGCAAAGGUGACUCUGGUGGACCGCUCUUCUAUUUAUCACCGUACCUGACCGCAUCAUUUCAGAAAACCCAGCGCUAUGUCCAAUACGGCAUUGUUUCCUUUGGUGGCACGGAAUGUGGCAGCGACAGAAAUUCACCGGGCAUUUACACAAAUGUUACACACUUUAUACCAUGGAUUACAAGAAACAUUGCGCAAAAUUUAGAAUAAUUGCGAAAUUAUUUGUAUUUGUAUUUGUAUUUGUGCAAUAUCUUUUGUUGUGUUGUCUUCACGAAAAGCAUCACUUGAAGCCAUAUUUUUAUUCUUAUUUAGAUAAUCUAAUAAUAUAUACUAUAUAUGUACAUACAAACUUACAUAUAUAGAUUAGGUUAUAUACAUAUAAAUGAAGUGCCGUAGAAUUAGCACCAUGUUGGGCUAAAAAUCAAAAAUAAACAAGACUAAGUAUUUGAUAAUUUUAAAA